AUGGCAUCUCCCGCCAAGCAAAAAGUGGUGAUUGUCGGCGCCGGACCAGUCGGAUGUUUGGCAGCUCUCUAUGCCGCAGCCAGAGGCGACGAUGUCGAGUUGUAUGAGCUGCGAGGAGAUCUGAGAGUCCCUGGUACCGUCCCGCUGAACUUCACAAAGUCAAUCAAUCUAUCACUGUCUCAUCGCGGGAUCACAGCGGUGCGGGGGUCUAACCGGGAGCAUGUCAUCAAGGAGAUUCUUCAGGAGGUGGUCCCGAUCUAUGGCCGUAUGAUUCAUGGAAGAGAUGAUGGAAAGUUGUGGGAGGCGCCGCAAGCCUACGAUGUUCAUGGCCGGAACAACUACUCUGCAGAUAGAGGGAUGCUGAACAACGUGUUCCUCAACGAGCUGGAGCGCACCCCCAACAUCAAGCUCUUUUUCAACCACAAGCUGACCGGGGCCGACUUCCAAGCCAACAAAGCCUGGUUCGAGCGUCGCUUACCCGGCGAAGCACCCCUUCCCGGCUCAUCUGGUCGUGUUCCUGAGAUAGAAGUGGAUUUUGACUUCCUGAUCGGUGCAGACGGCGCCCAUUCGGCCACGCGGUACCAUAUGAUGAAGUUUGCCCGCGUCGACUACGAACAGGAAUACAUCGACACGCUGUGGUGCGAGUUCCGCAUUCCUCCUUCCCCGACAGACGAUUUCCUGAUCUCGCCUAGCCAUCUGCACAUCUGGCCGGGCAAGGAGUUUAUGUUCAUUGCUCUUCCCUCCGUCGACAAAUCAUUCACCUGCACCCUCUUCGCCCCGGCAAGCCACUACGCUCAGCUCGAACGCUCCACAGAAGACCUCCUUCGGUCCUUCGACGAGCAUUUCCCCGGCGUCUGCCCAAAUCUCAUCUCCCCUUCCGACCUCAUCGCCCAAUUCACAUCGAAUCCGCACCUCCCGCUCAUAAGCAUCAAAUGCGCACCACACCACUACAACUCCUCUGUCGUAAUCGUCGGCGACGCCGCGCACGCCGUCCUACCUUUCUACGGGCAAGGCCUGAACGCCGGCCUCGAAGAUAUCCAAGUCCUCUUCGACGCACUUGACAAACACGGCGUGUACAACGCACAGAACUCCGACAAGACCUCCCGCGCCCAAGCGCGCCACUCAGCUUUUGCAGCGUAUACGGCCUCUCGCACCGCAGACGCACACGCCAUCAACGACCUCUCGCGACAGAACUACGUUGAGAUGCGCUGGGGCGUCAAACAGCCCCUCUAUCGCCUCCGCAAGCACAUCGAGGAGGCACUGUAUCACUACCUUCCCAGUCUCGGCUGGCAGACACAGUAUACCCGCGUCAGCUUCAGCAGCCAGCGCUACUCAGAGAUCAUCGAUACCAAUCGAAGACAGGGCCGCAUAUUAGGAGCUGUCUUUGGCUCGACGCUGAUAUCAGCUCUGGCGAUGGCGGGUGUAUAUGUAUGGAGACAGCCAACGACCAAGUUCAUUUCGUACAUUGGUCUGGGGAACACUUUACGGGGUUUCUUUACCGGUAAUUCCUCGAUCUGA